CCGCGGCGGUGGCGCAAGCUGGUGAGAGGAGAGCGAAGGUCCGAGGUCUAAAGAAAGCCCCUUUUGCUGAAGGAACACAUUUGCUAGUAUAGUUUCAUAAUGCCAAGUACUUUGCCCUUCUGGAUCUUAAAAAAUUCUGCAAGGAGCGGCAUUGCCACGUUACAGGGGGGCAAACGUUUAUAUUCAAGGUGGGCCUCAAAUGGAAAUGAAGCAAGUUGGAGACUCUUUUCCCACCUACCAAGCACCAGAAAAAGCAGUGUCCCGUGCAGUGGCUUCACUCUGCAGAAAGCCUUAAGACAUACAUCAACAGAGGAAGAUGACUUUCAGUUGCAGCUCAGCCCUCAGCAGGUAAAUGAAGUUCUGAGAGCCGGCGAGUCAGCCCACAAAAUUCUUGACCUUGUCAGUGGAGUCCCAAAUUCGGUGUUACGGUUUGAGAGCAACCAGCUGGCUGCCAAUUCCCCAGUGGAAGACCGUCAAGGUAUCGCUACCUGCCUGCAGACCAAUGGUCUGAUGUUCGGCAUCUUUGACGGACAUGGUGGCCAUGCGUGUGCUCAAGCAGUGAGUGAGAGGCUCUUCUACUAUGUGGCCGUGUCACUGAUGUCCCAGCAGACCCUGGAGCGGAUGGAGGGAGCUGUGGAAAGCAUGAAGCCCCUGCUGCCCAUCCUGCAUUGGCUCAAGCGCCCAGGGGACAGUAUCUACAAGGAUGUCACGUCCAUGCACCUCGAUCACCUCCGUGUCUACUGGCAGGAGCUGCUUGACCUGCACAUGGAAAUGGGACUCAACAUUAAGGAAGCAUUAACGCAUUCCUUCCAGAGACUGGAUUCUGACAUCUCGCUGGAAGUCCAGGCGCCCCUGGAAGAUGAGAUGACAAGGAACCUUUCACUCCAGGUCGCCUUCUCUGGGGCAACAGCUUGCAUGGCCCACGUGGAUGGAGUUCACUUGCAUGUGGCAAACGCUGGUGACUGUCGGGCCAUCCUUGGGGUCCAGGAGGACAAUGGCAUGUGGUCUUGUCUACCCCUCACCUGCGACCAUAAUGCCUGGAACCCGGCCGAGCUGUCGCGGCUAAAGAGGGAGCACCCUGAAUCAGAGGACAGGACGGUCAUCGUGGACCACAGGCUGCUGGGCGUCCUCAUGCCCUGCAGGGCCUUUGGGGACGUCCAGCUGAAGUGGAGUAAAGAGCUGCAGCACAGUGUCCUGGAGAGGGGCUUUGACACCGAGGCCCUCAAUAUUUACCAGUUCACCCCCCCGCACUACUAUCCUCCCCCCUACCUGACUGCCAAGCCUGAGGUCACCUACCACCGGCUGAGACCCCAGGAUAAGUUUCUCGUGCUGGCCUCGGAUGGUCUUUGGGACGUGCUGGGCAACGAGGAAGUGGUGAGGCUGGUGGUGGAUCACCUGGCCGAAGCAGGUCGGCACAAGCCAGACCUGGCGCAGAGACCUGCCAACCUGGGACUCAUGCAGAGCCUGCUGCUGCAGAGGAAAGCCCAGGGCCUCCACGCAGCCGACCAAAACGCGGCCACACAUCUGAUCAGACACGCCAUAGGGACCAAUGAGUACGGGGAGAUGGAGCCUGAGCGGCUGACAGCGAUGCUGACGUUGCCAGAGGACUUGGCAAGGAUGUACAGGGAUGACAUCACUGUCACGGUGGUGUAUUUUAACUCAGACUCAAUAGACACCUAUUACAGGGGGAGUUGAGAGGCUCCCGUCUGGCCAAGGUUAACUUAAAUGCUUUGCUAAGACAUUUUUCAUUUAUCCUUAAGCUGGCUCUUCAGACCUUACUGUUAAAAAGGCAGGCAGAUGUCGCUUGCUUAAAAAUAGACUGACGUGAGCGAAAAAAACCAGCCUUGGUUUAAAAACAGUAGCAGUGAUUUCAUGGCCCCGUGUGUUUUGGUCACCUUUUCUAGGUAGAGAGGGCAGAGCAUGGAGAGCAUAUGGGCUUGGGCCCAUAGCCAAAGCCCUUUUAUAAAGACACUGUUGUUAAACUGUCAGCCUGAGCCUUCCGAGGGUAGGUUUAAUCAUCGUUCUGAGAAUGUGAAGAACUUCAGGAUUUUCUGAGGUUAUGCUGCAAAAUCGGCACACUUGUCAGUUUUCCCUCAGUUCACAGUCGUGGACAGCUAGACUAUGAAGGAAGGUUUUGUUUAGUUUUUAUUUUUAAAUUACUAAGACCUAGGUUUACAAAGCAUAUUCUAGAAUACUUUUCUCUGCAACAUUCGAACUUUUUUUGUGUGACUCUACUUGUGAAAACAUUAUGUGAUGCUACACCCUCGUUGUGUUUUAGUUUGGCCUAAAACUGAGUCCUCAGAGUUGCAAACGGGCCUGCUUGUAAGCAUGCUUGGAAUGACUCGUCUUGGUUUUCAGCCAAGAGGGGUGAGGGUGGGUAGGCCUCUGCACCAGCUGAAUUCACUUGUGCAGCUGGCAAGCGCUUCUGCUGUGUCUCACCCCUUGAACCUUGAGCCAUACUAGGAGGUAACUUCUGUCUAAGCCUUAAUUCCUGGCCUUCCCUGCAUUAAUAAAAUACCCUCCGGGGCUUAGCCUCUGGACAGGUUAAUUGAGAGCACUUAGCCUUUCUGAUUAUACCUCUCAAACGGUCUUCUGUGAAUUCCACCUAAUCCUCCUACCUUUGCUCUGCUGACUGCCUCGCUCUGCAGCUGCUGCCUCCGUGGUGCUGUCCCGGAGGAAGGCUCCCUCUCCAUAGGGUUGCAGGGAAGGAGAAGAUGUGAUUAUGUACUAUGAUAGUUGGGACAGGUCAGUGGGCAGGACUGGCACGUGCUGUGGAUUUUGGGCUUAAGACUAGACCCGAGCCUGCCUGCACUGUGAAAACACAAAGGAUUUGAGAAGUCACAAGCGAAGGCUGCCUGUUCGCCUCCUGAAAGGCAGGAGGGAAGGGGGAGGAGUGAGAUUGGUCAGACAGGACACUUGCCUGGAGACUGUGGGCUGAACGGCCUCAGCUGCUCCUCGGGGAGCAGACCAUAUUUAGUAUAGGAGUCGGGGCAAAAAUAAAAAUGUGACCCGUAAUGGCUUCUGUGGGCAGCACAGUCUUCGUGUUUAUUUCAAAUGAAGCCACGUGCCUCCUUUCUCGGGGAACGAAUUUCAUGUUCUCAUGAAUGGCGGUGGCAUUUAAACAACAGGAAGUGUGUCCCUAAACAGAAACACACAUAUAAUCCCACAAAGCUGACCAUUCUGUCUUCCCACACUACAUUGGUUGAACCCUCUCUUCGUCUCCACCUUGUGCCAUCCACUGAAAGAAAAGAGAGUUUGACUUUUCAUGUCCCAGUGACAUUCAUUCACUUGUUGGGGGACUUCUAGCUGGGAGACAUUCCUCUGUCUGCUUUCCAGUGUAACUUUUUGGUGACAGGGGCUUCGUCUCUACUCAGUGCUUCAGCUUUGGUCAUUCUAUUCCAAAACCAUUAGUGUU